GGCCUCCUCACGACCGCCUGAAGACAAAAAAGGCUAGGCGGGGGCAUCGUCGCCCCACUCCGAGAACCCAGUUCUCCUUUUCUCCCGCGGGGCCGCCUGGGACCCGCGAGCGUCGGGAGCGCAGCGGGCCUGGUCAAGGCGGGGCCGCCAUAGCGCCAGCCCCUGUGCCCGCCCCCGCGCCUUCCAGCGGUGCGAAAACUCUGCUUGGCUUGCUCUCCAAUCAUAGUUUAGUUCUGUCAUUUAAAACACUUCCGACCUCCUAGCGCCGGCUUCCAUCCCGAGAACUGACUGAGGCUCUGACUAUUUGGGAACCAGGCCCUCUUGGCGGCUGCAGCCCCGGUGUCCCACCUCCGCGCAGCAGGUCGGGCGCCGCGGCCCCGGGAGCAUCGCGGAGAUGAGGAGCAGGAGCAAUUCCGGGGUCCGCUUGGACGGAUACGCGCGGCUGGUGCAGCAAACCAUCCUGUGUUAUCAGAAUCCUGUCACGGGGCUGCUCUCCGCCAGUCAUGAGCAGAAGGACGCCUGGGUGCGGGAUAACAUCUACAGCAUCCUGGCCGUGUGGGGCCUGGGCAUGGCCUACCGCAAGAAUGCCGACCGUGAUGAAGACAAGGCCAAGGCCUAUGAGUUGGAGCAGAAUGUGGUGAAACUGAUGCGGGGUCUUCUCCAGUGCAUGAUGAGACAGGUGGAUAAAGUGGAGAAGUUCAAGCACACUCAGAGUACCAAGGACAGCCUGCACGCCAAGUACAACACUGCCACCUGCAGCACAGUGGUGGGCGACGACGAGUGGGGCCACCUCCAGGUGGAUGCCACGUCCCUCUUCCUCCUGUUCCUGGCCCAAAUGACUGCCUCUGGUUUACGUGUUAUUUUCACCCUCGAUGAGGUAGCCUUCGUACAGAAUCUUGUCUUUUAUAUAGAAGCUGCAUAUAAAGUUGCUGAUUAUGGAAUGUGGGAACGUGGAGAUAAAACGAACCAGGGCAUUCCAGAAUUGAAUGCAAGCUCUGUAGGAAUGGCCAAGGCAGCCCUUGAGGCAAUUGACGAACUGGACCUUUUUGGAGCUCAUGGAGGACGCAAGUCAGUGAUCCACGUCUUGCCCGAUGAGGUCGAACACUGCCAGUCUAUUCUGUUCUCCAUGCUGCCGAGAGCAUCGACUUCUAAAGAGAUUGAUGCUGGACUUCUUUCCAUUCUUUCUUUCCCGGCCUUUGCAGUAGAAGAUGUGAACCUUGUGAAUGUGACCAAAAAUGAAAUUAUUUCCAAGCUCCAGGGGCGUUACGGAUGCUGUCGCUUCCUUCGAGAUGGUUAUAAAACCCCAAGAGAGGACCCAAACCGAUUGCAUUAUGACCCUGCUGAACUCAAGCUCUUUGAAAACAUUGAAUGUGAAUGGCCUGUGUUCUGGACGUAUUUCAUAAUAGAUGGAGUCUUCAGUGGUGAUGCCGUUCAGGUCCAAGAAUACCGGGAGGCAUUGGAGGGAAUAUUAAUCAGAGGCGAAAACGGGAUCCACCUGGUGCCAGAACUCUACGCCAUCCCACCUAGCAAGGUAGACGAAGAGUAUAAGAACCCUCACACCGUGGACAGAGUUCCUCUGGGGAAGCUGCCCCAUCUGUGGGGUCAGUCUUUGUACAUCCUUAGCUCACUGUUGGCAGAGGGAUUCCUUGCCCCUGGCGAAAUUGAUCCCUUAAAUAGAAGAUUUUCCACUUCUGUCAAACCUGAUGUCGUAGUACAAGUUACUGUUCUGGCAGAAAACAACCACAUUAAGGAGCUGUUGAGGAAACAUGGGGUAGACGUCCAGAGUAUUGCUGACAUUCAUCCAAUCCGAGUCCAGCCAGGCCGGAUUCUUAGUCACAUAUACGCCAAGCUUGGACGGAAUAAGAAUCUGAAAUUGAGUGGGCGACCAUAUCGGCACAUUGGUGUCCUUGGAACAUCUAAACUAUAUGUGAUUAGGAACCAAAUCUUUACUUUCACACCCCAGUUCACUGACCAGCAUCACUUCUACCUGGCCCUGGACAACGAGAUGAUCGUGGAGAUGCUGAGGAUCGAGCUGGCCUACCUGUGCACUUGCUGGCGGAUGACGGGCAGACCCACGCUCACCUUCCCAAUCACCCACACCAUGCUCACAAAUGAUGGGUCAGAUAUUCAUUCUGCAGUUCUUUCAACAAUUAGAAAACUAGAGGAUGGAUAUUUUGGAGGAGCUAGAGUAAAAUUGGGAAACCUUUCGGAAUUUCUCACCACGUCUUUCUACACGUAUCUGACCUUCCUGGAUCCAGACUGUGAUGAGAAGUUGUUUGAUGAGACCAGCGAAGGGAACUUCAGUCCUGAUAGUGACUCAGAUUUGGGAGGAUAUUUGGACGAAAUCUAUACUCAAGUCACAGAAAGCCAGGACGAACUUGACCAGUAUAUCAACCACCUCCUUCAGAGCACAUCCUUGAAGUGCUAUCUGCCCCCUCUUUGUAAGAAGACUGAAGACAGCCACGUUUUCAGUGCUGUCCACUCUACUCGGGAUAUACUUUCCGUGAUGGCAAAAGCAAAGGGUUUGGAAAUUCCAUUUGUUCCCAUAAUUUUGCCAACUAAAGUUCUAAGUGCCCACCGGAAAUCGCUGAAUCUUGUUGAUUCUCCUCAACCACUCCUAAAAAAGGCCCCCAAAGAUGACUUCCAGUGGCCCAGGGACGACCAUGGUGACGUGGACUGUGAGAAGCUGGUUGAGCAGCUGAAAGAUUGUUCGAACCUACAGGACCAAGCAGACAUUUUAUACAUUCUGUAUGUAAUAAAGGGCCCCAGCUGGGACACAAAUCUCUCUGGACAGCACGGAGUCACUGUUCACACCCUCCUCAGCGAGCUCUAUGGGAAAGCCGGCUUGAACCAGGAGUGGGGUUUGAUUCGCUAUAUCUCUGGCCUGCUCAGGAAGAAAGUGGAGGUCCUGGCUGAGGCCUGCACAGACCUGCUGUCACACCAGAAGCAGCUCACAGUGGGCCUGCCACCAGAGCCCCGGGAGAAGAUCAUCUCUGCGCCCCUUCCCCCCGAGGAGCUCACACAACUCAUCUACGAAGCCAGUGGGCAGGACAUCAGCAUUGCCGUUCUCACACAGGAGAUCGUGGUUUACCUGGCGAUGUACGUCAGGGCGCAACCCAGCCUCUUCGUGGAGAUGCUCCGACUCCGGAUUGGACUGAUCAUUCAGGUGAUGGCCACCGAGCUGGCGCGAAGCCUCAACUGUUCAGGAGAAGAAGCUUCUGAAAGUUUGAUGAACCUCAGCCCUUUCGAUAUGAAAAAUCUCUUGCACCAUAUUCUAAGUGGAAAAGAGUUUGGAGUUGAAAGAAGCGUGCGACCUAUCCAUUCCUCCACAUCCAGCCCUGCCAUCUCCAUCCAUGAGGUGGGCCAUACUGGAGUCACCAAAACCGAGAGGAGUGGCAUUAACAGGCUGAGGAGUGAGAUGCAACAGAUGACUAGGCGAUUUAGUGCUGACGAACAGAGAUCCAGCACCCCAUCCUCACCCACGGGCACAUCAUCGUCAGACUCAGGCGGGCAUCACAUUGGCUGGGGGGAGCGGCAGGGCCAGUGGCUGCGCAGGAGAAGGCUGGACGGGGCCAUCAACAGGGUCCCUGUGGGAUUCUACCAGAAGGUGUGGAAGAUCCUUCAGAAGUGCCAUGGUCUGUCCAUCGAUGGUUAUGUGCUGCCAUCGUCAACGACACAAGAGAUGACCCCGCAGGAGAUCAAGUUUGCUGUCCACGUUGAGUCGGUGCUGAACCGCGUGCCCCAGCCCGAGUACCGGCAGCUGCUGGUGGAGGCCAUCAUGGUGCUGACACUGCUCUCGGACACGGAGAUGAACAGCAUCGGGGGCAUCAUCCACGUGGACCAGAUCGUACAAGUGGCCAACCAGCUGUUCCUGCAGGACCAGAUGUCAAUUGGAGCCAUGGACACCCUGGAGAAAGACCAAGCCACGGGCAUUUGCCACUUCUUUUACGACAGCGCUCCGAGUGGAGCUUAUGGGACAAUGACCUACCUGACAAAGGCAGUGGCUUCUCAUUUGCAGGAAUUGCUGCCCAAUUCAGGCUGCCAGAUGCAAUAGAGCUCGGCACUCUGAGUUUCUCACUCACCCUCUAGCCUCCUUGGGAACUUUCUUCUGUUCCCCAAGAUCCCUUGUGCUGUCACAAAAGCAUGUCCCAUCAGAAACACUGGCAGGGAGGAGAUGGCGGUGACUGACCUGAAACCAAUGUACGUCCAAGCCACAGAAAGAGCCAGUGACUCCUGUAUUCCCCCAAGGAGCGCCAUGGGAUCGUUGUCUAGGCGCAUUUCACUGGAACAUUUGUCACAGCAGCUGGUCUCCUCGAGUCUGGGGAGGAAUUGGAAAUCGGUCUCAUUUGAGUGCAGAGCGAACUGAGAAGCCAGUCUAAAUUGGCUCUCGCAGAGUUACCGAAAUAGGUUGGAUGAGCUAGUGACACAUCUUAAAGAUGGAAAGAUCCUUCCAGCAGCAGUAGCUAGACGAGUGGACCUUGACAAGGGGAACAUCUUAACAGGAUGCAGUCUGGGGACCAAACCAUUUACCAAAUAGAAGAACUCUCUUUCUGUGGAAUUUUGGUUUGCUUGUGCUUUGCUUUCUUUCUUGGCCUCUUGUUUCAUUGGCAUAGCUGCCUUUGCGUGACAUAAUUCUCUCUCACGAAGAUUAAGAAAAUUGCUCCCAGUUAACUUUGGUUCGUGGUCUUCAAGGAUUAUCCUGGCCACCUAUGAAUUAAGGGUUUCUCCUGCCUUAUGAAAAAUCCCACAUUUUCCAGAAUCUAGCCAAAAAAAAAAAAAAUGACAGUAGCUUCUUAUAGCUGGGCCAACUGUUGUUUUGGGGCUGGAGCAGGCAGAGUCCCUCUGGAAGGCCCGUGCCCCCCACCCCCCAUGGGGUGACCACUCUGGCAGGUGAUGGUACUGUCCCCCUGUGCUCUGGGGGAACCACGUGAUGACUGUGUGGCACCAGAUGCCAUGGGAAUUAGUGGUGUGCUCCCGCAGAAACAAUGCUUCCCUCUUAUGAUCGAGCCAGGCUGGGGACUCAAGCCCUCCUCGUGGAA